AUGGAGGUUGAUGCUGCUGGUGAACAGGAUUGGACAGCAGGCGACCAGCAAUCUCUCUUCCAUGGUUUCAAGCUGCUUCUCCAAGACCCCAAGAACUGGAUCUUAAUUGUUGUAUGCCAUGGUGCUGCUAAUGCCACCGCCAUCAAUAGCUUCUUCCCUACGAUUGUGAAGAGCAUGAGAAAGGACAGGAUAACUACUCUUUUACUCACCGCACCUCCAUACCUGCUGGCGUGCAUCGUUUGUGCGGUAGUCGCAUGGAACGCCGACAGAAUUCAAGAGCGCUUCUGGCACACUAGUUUGUCUAUUGCCUCUGUACUCGCAGGCUUCGCCAUCUCAACGUCUACCACUGGUAUUAGCCCUCGAUACUUCGGCGACAUGAUCAUACUGCCUGGUAUCUACUCCGGCUUCAACAUGUCCAUGGUAUGGACUGCCAACACCAACUUCUGCCCUGUGUCUAAACGAGCUGCGGCGCUGGCAUUCAACAACGCGCUAGCGACUAUCUGCAGUAUCUAUGGAUCCUUCCUGUACCCCAAUGGCGCCGAGCCGCGUUUCAUCCUUGCUUUCAGCGUCAACGUCGCCAUGGCUACAAUCGCUAACAUUGCCAGUAUUGCUCUUCAUUUCGUUUUGAAGCGUGCCAACCGGAAGUUGGAACUCAAGGAGGCUGAAGAAGAAGCUGCUGGACGACAUCUCCCAGGAUCUGGGUUCCGAUACCUUACUUAA